AUGUCACUGCUUAUGACUAAGCGUAGAGCAAUUAAUCCGGAUGGGAGCAUCGGUUUAUUCUACGACAUAAACCGUGAUGGUAUGCUACAAGGAUUAAACAAGAUCGAUGAAAAGAAAGCAUCACAACUUCUUGGAUCAAUGGAAUGUGAAAUUAUAGAUGGUAACAUAGAUAAGUCUCGAAACCUUCUCAAGUGGAUCAACAUUGAUGAAGAUUUACGAUUAAAUAUCCUACUGAAAGCAGCACCACGAACCGGAGUAGCUGCACUCAUUGAUCAUCAUUCAAUUGAUAGAUACACUCGUUUUAUGCGUAUUUUUUAUCCUGAUCGAGAACAACGACUUCCUGACGAUCCUGUACAUACAAAAAAACGUUUUAAAUCAAUAAUGCAUGACGCCAGUGCUACUCACAUUAUUACUGCUGUAAGCUUUGGUAUUGAUAUUGUUAUCGUUUUACAACUACCAUCUAAAGAAAAUAUUGCCGGAAAAAUCGAUGCUGCCCUUGGGAAAAUUGAAACCCGAUUGAAGGAUUCUAAUGAACAUCUUUGCUUUACUGAAGAUGAUGCAGGUGUUCUUGAAAAAAUUAUCGAAACCAAAGUAUGGAUCCAAAAAAAACGUGACACAUACCGACCAGUAGAAUACACUCUACGACCUAUUGAAUGGUUAUUUGCUGAUGCCGAUAAAUCAUGUCCAUUAUACACUCCAUUACACAACAGUGAAAGCGACAAGUUAGAACAACAUUUAAUAGAAAUUUUAAACUAUUACAAGAAAGUGAAAUAUUUGCUUGAUAGUUAUACUACUAGUAAUAGGGUGCUGCCGAGCAAUGCCAAAGAAUUACUGGUACAAGUAGAAAAGGAAUGGCAAAACUUACAGCAAAUGUAUGAAAAUGAAAUUCAACAAUUAGCAAAGCUAGUUUUGGAUAUUCACAGCGGACAGAAGAAAGGUUCUGAGAUUGAUGAAGCACUUAAACCCAAGGAUCAAAUAGCAUUCCAAGAGAAUAUUCGAGAACUCUGGAAGAAAAUACAAGUUAUAGAAAAAGAAAUCCAAUUGACCAAUGGUGCGCAACAAGAACAGCCCCAAUAUAGUGAACUUUUAGAAUCUCAAACGAAUCCGAAUGAUCAUGGACAGACGUUGACACAUAAACCAACUAUGGAGAACCAACCAAACAAAACAAUUGGUUCUAAUGAUAAUUCGUCCAACAAAAAUCGAUCAAUAAUAUUGACCGAACAAGACAACCAAAGAAAUAGAAACAGUCAAUGUUCAUCCUCACUGUCUACAAACACACAAGCUUCUAAUACAUCUAGAGCAUCAUUAUCUGUAUCGUCAACAAAUGAGAUUAUUAACAUUCUUCUUGUUGGUGAAAGCGGUGUAGGCAAAUCGACAUUUAUUAAUGCAUUUGUCAAUUAUCUUACAUUCAAAACGCUCAAUGAAGCUGAACAGGGUAAACCUAUUGUACUCAUACCAGUUUCAUUUCUCAUGGCAGUUGGUAAAAAUUUCGAAGAGCACGCAGUAAAAUUUGGUAAUUCGGAUAGUUUUAAUAAUGAAGAUUUUGAUCAUCCAGGUCAAUCUGUAACACAACACUGUAAAUCCUAUGUAUUUCAUCUUAAUGAUAUUAAUAAAAAGAAAAUACGCAUUAUUGAUACGCCAGGUUUUGGUGAUACGCGUGGUCCUCAUCAAGAUGAUGCCAAUAUGCAACAUAUUUUAGAAUACAUAAAUGAAUUGACACAUUUGAAUGCUGUAUGUUUCCUUCUUAAGCCAAAUACAUCACAAAUUAAUAGUUUUUUCGUAACAUGUCUCACUCAACUGCUGGAUCUUCUCGGUUCAAAUGCAAGUCAAAACAUUGUCUUUUGUUUUACUAAUGCACGAUCAACGUUUUACACUCCAGGCGAUACAGCUCCACUACUCAGAUCCAUGCUUCAAUCAUUUUCGCUCAAUGACAUUUUAUUUAAAAAACAGAAUACGUUCUGCUUUGAUAAUGAAUCAUUUCGAUAUUUGGUUGCUCGACAAAAUGGUAUUCAGUUCGAUGAUGUGGAACACAAGGAAUAUGAAAAUAGUUGGUCGAAUUCCGUUACAGAAUCAAACCGUCUUCUUGCUUAUGUUUAUAAAGAAUUGAGUGCUCAUGUGUUAAAAGGUGAAGCGCAAUCAAUCAAACAAACUGAAUUCAAAAUUAGUCAUAUGGUCCGGCCAAUGUUAGAAGCAAUGCGAAAUAUUCUUCGAAAUUCAAUUAUAUGGAACAUGGACACCCCGAGAAAAUUGAUCGAACUGAAUCCGAUUGUUCUUUAUCGUUCAGCUGCCGUUUGUUAUACAUGCCAACGUGACGUUGUCCAAUUAGGUAAAUUCUGGGCUAUGAUAAAUGUUAUUUACAUUCGAUAUCUAACAACGAAGGCUAUACGCCCAAAAAUAAUGACAUCUUAA